UGGCAUUACGUGUAACAAGAAAAAUCACACCACAUCUUUCGAUCCUCUUCUUCUUCUUCUUCUUCUUCUUCUUGCCCACAGUCUCAAAAGCCAGCGUAAAUUUCCCACCAAAACGGUGAACAAUCGCAUUCAUCUCCUCAGUUUAACACUCCCAUCAUACCCAUUUCUUAUCUACAGGCUCUAAUGGCCGCUUCGUCUCUUUCCCUCCUUCCUUCUCCCCUCACCUUUCCCCCUUCCGAGCGUUUCUCUGCUUCUUCUUCUUCCGCUUCAUCAUCUUCCUUCUUCCAUGGCGGAACCCAUCUCAAGUUCCACAGGAACUUCCUUAAUGUGCAUUUUUAUUCAUCUAAUUCUUCUCCUUCUUCUCCCAAUUCCCAAUUUAAUAAAAGGGCCUCUUCCAGACGAGGCAUGGGAGUUGUUGUUUGUGCUUCCGGGGAUUAUUAUGCAACUCUCGGGAUCCCCAAGUCUGCUAAUAGCAAGGAAAUUAAGGCCGCUUAUCGAAAAUUAGCCCGUCAGUAUCACCCUGAUGUGAAUAAAGAACCUGGAGCAACUGAGAAGUUCAAAGAGAUCAGUGCUGCUUACGAGGUUCUUUCAGAUGAUAAGAAGCGGGCUUUGUAUGAUCAAUAUGGUGAAGCUGGAGUGAAGAGUACAGUAGGGGGAUCUAGUGCUUAUACGACUAAUCCCUUUGAUUUAUUUGAGACAUUCUUUGGACCAAGCAUGGGAGGAUUUGGCGGUAUGGAUCCAACUGGGUUCCGCACACGCCGAAGCAGUACUGUUACUAAGGGUGAAGACAUACGUUAUGACAUCAAUUUAGGAUUUUCGGAAGCCAUAUUUGGAUCAGAGAAAGAAUUUGAUCUGUCCCAUCUGGAAACAUGUGAAGUCUGCUUGGGUACUGGUUCAAAGGUAGGCUCCAAAAUGAGGAUAUGCUCAACAUGUGGAGGGAGAGGUCAAGUUAUGAGAACCGAGCAAACACCUUUCGGCUUGUUUUCUCAGGUUUCUGUAUGUCCAAAUUGUGGUGGCAAUGGUGAGGUCAUAUCUGAAUUCUGUCGGAAGUGUUCUGGUGAAGGACGCAUCCGCAUUAAGAAAGUCAUCAAGGUUAAAAUUCCUCCUGGAGUUACUGCAGGCAGUAUCCUAAGAGUUGCAGGAGAAGGUGAUGCUGGACCCAAAGGGGGACCUCCAGGAGAUUUAUUUGUGUAUCUUGAUGUAGAAGAAAUACCUGGAAUUCAAAGAGAUGGCAUCAAUCUUUACUCAACAGUUGCUAUCAGUUAUCUGGAUGCCAUUAUGGGAUCUGUUGUCAAGGUAAAGACUGUUGAAGGAAUGGCUGAUCUACAAAUUCCACCUGGUACUCAGCCUGGUGAUGUUCUUGUUCUUGCAAAGAAAGGUGUUCCAAAACUGAAUAAGCCAUCGAUUCGAGGCGAUCACUUAUUCACAAUCAAAGUAACCAUACCAAAUCGUAUCAGUGAAAAAGAGCGAGAAUUGCUUGAAGAGCUAGCUUCAUUGAACAACGCUUCUGGGACUGGGAGUCGUUUCAGAACUCGCCCAAAACCCCAACCACAACCACAACCACAACCAACUAGUAUAAGUACAGAAGAUGAGGUCAAAACAGUUGCCAAUAGUACUGAUGAUGGGGACUCGAAUGAUCUAUGGAAGAAAGUACAAGAUUUUGCCGGGUCUGUAGCGAAUGGAGCUCUAAAAUGGCUGAAAGAUAACUUUUAGCCCCACAUGUAAAAUUUGGCUCGGUUGAAAGCGAACAAUGUUUACGAGUUCUCGUUCGACCUCAUCGGCUGUAGAUGAUUUUACUGCUAUCCAAUAAUGGCUCAAAGACAUUAUUUGGCCAUUUUCUGGAGAUGUUUUCUUGAGGCAUCUUCCAGUGGUGACAUUGUGCUCAGAGUGGGUGUUCUCUACUUUCUUCAAGCCAAGUUUUUGUAUGUCUCACUUGUUAUAAUGAUAAUGGUUAGAGUUACAUUUGCAGACUCA